UUCCUUCUUCCCGGCCCCAGUCACCAGCUGAGCUGCCGGCAAAGAGUGGCUGCUCAUGGGUGGAGUAGUGUGGGGAGCUGGGUGAAGUGGAGACGGCACCUAGACCUGGCUGAUCAGGAGAAAGGAAGAGAGCCUGAGGGCAGUAACUCCUCAGUCCCUGGCCUCAAAACCCGGGUAGGGCAGAGAAGGGCGUCCCCUUAAGGAGGGGGAAAAAAGAAGGAAGGGAUCAAGGCCGAGGGAAGAGAGGGAUAGGAGCACGCAGAACUCUGGAUGCCUCGUUGUUCCCAGUCUCGGGCGGGUCUCUGUUUGGUCAGGGUCCUGGGCAGAGCCAUGGAAGGAUCUGCCGGGGAGGCAUUGGUAGCGGCGGCCAGAGACAGCGGCGGGGGACCGAGGGGCCCCGAGGCUCCUGCCCCGCAGAAAAGCGGAACAGACAGCUGUAUCAAAGGGCAGGGGAGAGACUCUGGCACAGAAAGCAAACCGGCCGCCCAGAUGCAGCCCUUGGCGUAUAAUACAGGAUAUUCGCAGCAACAGCAGCAGCAGCAGCAGCAGCAGCAUCCUGAGGAUCGUCACGAUGGCACCAGCAAUGGGACUGCCCGGUUACCCCAGUUGGGGACAGUCGGUCAGUCACCUUACACGAGUGCCCCUCCACUCUCCCACACGCCCAACGCAGACUUCCAGCCUCCUUACUUUCCCCCUCCCUACCAGCCCAUCUACCCCCAGUCUCAAGAUCCUUAUUCCCACGUUAAUGAUCCUUAUAGCCUGAACCCCCUUCACGCCCAACCUCAGCCACAGCACCCAGGCUGGCCAGGACAGAGACAAAGCCAGGAAGCUGGGCUGUUACACACACACCGGGGGUUACCCCAUCAGUUAUCGGGCUUGGACCCUCGGAGGGAUUAUCGGCGACAUGAGGAUCUACUGCAUGGACCCCAUGGGCUGAGCUCAGGACUAGGAGACAUUCCGAUCCAUUCAAUACCUCACGCUAUAGAAGAUGUACCGCAUGUAGAAGACCCCGGUAUUAACAUCCCAGAUCAAACUGUAAUUAAGAAAGGCCCCGUGUCCCUGUCCAAGUCCAACAGCAACGCCGUCUCCGCCAUCCCCAUUAACAAGGACAACCUCUUCGGUGGCGUCGUGAACCCCAACGAGGUCUUCUGUUCAGUUCCGGGUCGCCUCUCGCUCCUCAGCUCCACCUCGAAGUACAAGGUCACGGUGGCGGAAGUGCAACGGCGCCUCUCGCCUCCUGAGUGUCUCAACGCUUCGUUGUUGGGCGGAGUGCUUCGGAGGGCAAAGUCUAAAAAUGGGGGAAGAUCUUUAAGAGAAAAAUUGGACAAAAUAGGAUUAAACCUUCCUGCAGGAAGACGUAAGGCAGCGAAUGUCACCUUGCUCACAUCACUAGUAGAAGGAGAAGCAGUACACCUAGCCAGGGAUUUUGGGUACGUGUGUGAAACUGAAUUCCCUGCCAAAGCAGUAGCUGAAUUUCUCAACCGACAACAUUCCGAUCCCAAUGAGCAAGUGACAAGAAAAAACAUGCUUCUAGCUACAAAACAGAUCUGUAAAGAGUUCACUGACCUGCUGGCUCAGGACCGAUCUCCCCUGGGGAACUCAAGGCCCAAUCCUAUCUUAGAGCCAGGCAUUCAGAGCUGCCUGACCCACUUCAACCUCAUCUCUCAUGGCUUCGGCAGCCCGGCAGUGUGUGCAGCAGUCACUGCCCUGCAGAACUAUCUCACCGAGGCACUCAAGGCCAUGGACAAAAUGUACCUCAGCAACAAUCCCAACAGCCACACAGACAACAGCGCCAAAAGUGGUGACAAAGAGGAGAAACACCGAAAGUGAGGAUUUCCUUCCUUCCUUCUCCUCAGCUCCACCCUGCUUCAUCUUUUCACCUCUUCCCAUCUCCUUUCUCUUCUGCACCCAUCUUCUCCUUCAUCACUCACCACCACCACCACCACCACCACCUGGCAGGCUACAGCUCUGGAAUCAGCGAUCAACUGCUGCCCAUUCUGUUCUCUGAGUCUGCAGGAAUGCUCUCUUCUCCUGUCUACCAACCCUGACUCAUAAUCCCUCUCUGCUUCCUCCCCCUUCAUCAUCAACACUCCCUCGCCCCGUUUGGAGCCUAAGAGAACAGAACAGGUGGUGGAGCCAGCAAAGAAAAGUUCUGUCUGAGUUUGUGAACUUUUUUUUUAAGUAAACCAACAGAAAAAUAAAUAAAAAGAAAGAACUUUUUUCUAAAAAAAAACAGUUAAAAAAUUAAAAAAAAAUUCUAUGAGCUUCAUGGGACUGAAUCACCACCUCCCCUUACAUUACUUCAGUUAAGAUUGUAGCCAUAUUAAAAAAAAGGCAAAAAGGAUAAUGACAUUUUUAUCAGUAUUGUGAAUAAACUUGAACACAAAAUCCAUGCAGUUCCAUGUCAUGUCUUCAGUUAUAGAACUUCUUCCUCUACAAGGUAAAGCAACCAACUUGAACGUUUUAUGACAACACAAUUUGCAGUUACUCUAUAAGGGAAUCAGUGUUCAUGUCUGUAUAUAUUUAUUUAUGUGUAAUUUAAUGGGAAUUGUAAAUAUGGUGAGUCUGUUUUAAGCCUUUUUUUUAUUUAUCUGGUGAUUUCGUUUACCUUUUGUUUAGUCGGGUUUAAAUCUUCCCUCUUAGUUUUUCAUGUGGCUCAUGGUACUUAUUUAGAAAUCCAAGGUUUGGGGGAUUAUUUUUUUCUCUGGGAUUCAUGAUUUUUGACCUGUUGUAGCAUGUUAAGGUGACAAUGAAGCAGCUGAACAAUUUUUUUAAAAAAGAGAAAUAAAAUGGAUUUUAAAAAUAUAAUUAGUAUUACAUUUACAUUCAUUGAACUCUAAGAAAAAGUGAUAUUGGAUCCUAGAAUGAUUUUUAAACAUAAGCAGUCUUACAAACCUUAUGUCAUGAAGAUGGGGUUGGGGGUAUGGGAUUUAGGAAAAAAGUUUUAUUUUUCUCCACUGUCUUCCCUUAAAAGCAUCAUCAGAGCAAUGAAUGGAUAUUGUCUUUAGUCCAAGGUUAGGGAUUCCUCUCACCCCCUCUCUUUUUUGUUCAAAGAACUUCAAACAUUUGGGACCACCUGGUAUCCUGUAUUUCCACUGGCCAUAUUGGAAGCAGUUCUAGUUGUAUUGUAUUGAGUUGUGCUGGCAGUAGUUUCCAUGCCUGUCAAUGUAUCAUAGUCCUUUGUUGCCCAGAUAAAUAAAUAUUUGAUACGCUUUA